AUGACGAUAUUGAAGCAAGCCGUAAAAAUAGUGGAGCAAUUGCCAAAAGUCAAGUGGAUAUUUUUAGCUGACGACGAUACCAUAUUGGGUGUUCAGAGACUCCGUGAAAUUCUGACAUGCUAUCGAGGGGGAUAUGAUAUCACUGUCAUAGCGGAGAGAUACGGUUACGGAUAUGGAAAGAAAAAUCUCCGGCGGAAAAGUAUCGUAGAAUCUAACCACUCAUAUAUCCCAUCCUCGCAGGGUAUUCGUACCCCACGGGGGAGGUGGCACUGCCCUCUCUAUAGGCGCGGCAGUCGCUCUGUCUUCAUGCCCAUGUUCAUGCCUUGGACCCAGCCAGAUGAUAUGGCGCUUGGAGCCUGCGCUGCUAGAAGGAAUAUCACCAUCACACACUCACCACUCUUCCAUCAGGCUCGUCCCCCAGGAUUAUCCCCGGGCGGGAGGGUCCUAGCCCGGGGACCGCCCCGCGUCCUUCCACCGCCUGUCCGCUCCACCGGGACGGGUCUACAGUACCUGGUUCCAGAGAGAUGA